GCUGACGGGCCUCUGGAGGACUCCGCCUGACGACGUGGAGCGAUGGCGCCGAAAGGUAGCAGCAAGCAGCAGUCGGAGGAGGAUUUGCUGCUGCAGGACUUCAGCAGGAAUGUCUCGGCCAAGUCGUCGGCGCUCUUCUAUGGGAACGCGUUCAUUGUGUCGGCCAUUCCCAUCUGGCUCUAUUGGAGGAUCUGGCACAUGGACCUAAUCCAAUCUGCAGUUCUGUACUGUGUUAUGACCCUUGUGAGCACCUACCUUGUGGCAUUUGCCUACAAAAAUGUAAAGUUUGUCCUGAAACACAAGGUGGCGCAGAAGAGAGAAGACGCAGUUUCCAAGGAGGUCACCCGGAAACUGUCAGAGGCUGACAGCAGGAAGAUGUCUCGCAAAGAAAAGGAUGAAAGAAUUCUGUGGAAAAAGAAUGAAGUGGCUGACUAUGAAGCUACAACCUUUUCAAUCUUUUACAACAAUACCUUGUUUCUGGUUAUGGUGAUCAUUGCUUCAUUCUUCAUACUGAAGAAUUUCAAUCCAACUGUGAACUACAUCCUUUCCAUCUGUGCUUCAUCGGGGAUGAUUGCUUUACUUUCCACAGGGUCGAAGUGAUUAACAUUGGCGUGGUUAGCUGAUGUUAAAAUUUGAAUGAUCUUGCAUUCUUGAGGAUCAGGUCAUUUUGAUUUUCACGGUCUGUAAAAUUGAGAUCCAUGACUGCAGAAUUGGCCACUUAACUGAGAUAACUACGGUUCUAUGAACUGCAAUUUAUUUUCAUUUCAUGUGAUCAGAUGUGGAUGUUCUGUAAUAAAACUGCAUUUUGCAACUA